UAAAUUCGAGUGCAAACCAGCGCUGUCGGAGCGCGGCCGCAUUCACCCCGCCGUGUGCGGUGUGCGCCGGCAGCGCGCGAAGAGAGCUGGCACCCCGGGGCGCUUUAAGAGCAGCGGGCGCUUUAAGGGCAGCGGCCGCCCCGGCGGCGAAGGGGCGUGGCGAGGGUGACGUCACCGCAUGACUGUGUUUUUAUGAAUGAAAAGAAUCCGCGGCAGGGCCAGAGAGAGGGAAGGAUGGCUGCAGACGGGCUCUCCAGCAAGGCUUUAAAGGUGAAGCGGGAGCUGGGGGAGAACACUCCACUGCUGUCAGAUGAGGAGCUGAUGGGGCUGUCGGUGCGGGAACUCAACCACCACCUGCGGGGCCUCUCCAAGGAGGAGGUGGCGAGGCUGAAGCAGCGUCGUCGGACGCUGAAGAACCGGGGUUAUGCUGCCAGCUGCCGGGUGAAGCGCGUCUGCCAGAAGGAAGAGCUGCAGAAGCAGAAGAUGGAGCUGGAGUGGGAGGUGGACAAGCUGGCCCGGGAGAACGCUGCCAUGCGCCUGGAGCUCGACACCCUCCGUGGCAAGUACGAGGCCCUGCAGGGCUUCGCCCGCACCGUGGCCACUCACGGGCCCCCUGCCAAGGUGGCUACUGCCAGCGUCAUCACCAUCGUCAAGUCCAGCACCAACCAGGCCGCCUACUCCUAGUGCUGGCCUCCAUCCCCCGGCUGGACACAGUCCUCCCCGGGGUGCCAUCCCCAUGAAUUGCCUCCCAGCCCUUCCCCAACCUCCUCCCUGUCAGGACCUGUGCCCAAAAUCCUCUUUCUCCCAUGAUCUCCAGCUCUCCCAGGUAGGGAGGGCUGCUGCUGUGUGGGAGCUGGGGUAGAGGACAGGACCUCACUGGUGGCCCUCAUAGCCCCCUCCCCUCUUGGGUGUGCAGACAGGAGAGAGCAAACCCACACAGGCAGCAGUGGAGAAGCAUCCCACAGCUCCAAGCUGGUAGGAAAAUGCCUGUUGCCUCUUUUUUUCUGAGAGAGCAUGGGAGAAGUAAAUGUGGGCCAGGCAGUCCCAGGAGCACGUGCCAGAGAGGGAAAAGAGGAGAGAGGUUUUGCAGUACAGGGGAAGAAGGCAUGAUAGAAAGGUAUCAGCGCUGGGCAGACAAUCUGGACCACAUCUGGAGCAUGGAGGAAGGUGGCAGCAUGUCUGAAAUCUCUGGGGAUGCAGAGGGCAAGGGAAGGUUAAGCAGGUCAGAGGGAGAGAUGAAGUGGCUGCAUGUUAAUGCCUGGUAAGGGUGAAUAGAAUGGAAAAGUGCUAUGGCAGGCUUGUGGUGCUGGGGUACCCCAGAGCUAACAGAGAUUGUGCAGGGGGGAGCUGGGACACACGAGUGGGUCAGCCCAAGCUGUUGUCCACAAAGGGGAGAAGCAGUGGUGCUGUUUUAUCUUUAACGUGCACAAGCUUUGACGCCUCUUCCUGCUGAUGGGACACUCGGCCUGGCCGGGUGUCUGAAAUGCAGCAGUGCCGGCAGGAAGGAAGCAGAGGCAGCUGGAGCAGAGAUAAACACUGUUUUGCUCAGCACAGGCCAGCUUGUAUGGCCCCACCAAGUCCUCCCCGGUGCCCCACCGCCUACAAAGCCCAUGGAAAGGUGCUCCCAGCCCUCAGAGUCAGAGAUUUGGAGGCAGAGAGAAGGGUGGAGGUGCAGGAGGUGGGAAGUAGGGGCGGAGAGCAUCUGUGCUCCUGGGAGCUGCCUGGCAGGCAGGUAGGCUCCUCCCUUUGGUUUUCCUCCAGCUUGGACCAUGGUGUAGGACAACCAGCUCUUGAGCAGGCUAAAAGGCUGGAGAAGAGCUGGGUUUGCUAAAUACAGCAGCACAGGGGAGGGAGCAGGAGGCAGCUCUAUCUCGGGAUCUGCUGCUGUAGAUGAUUCCCCUGCCCCUCUGUUCUGCCCUUACCUGGGUAUUGCCACGCCAGCCGUCCUCGGCUGCAGCCUCCAUUAUUCCCUGUAGAGAGGUGCCUGCCACUCUUGGUUGGCAUUCCCCACCCCAACUCCUCUUGGGUUUAUUUAUUGCACGAACAUAAGUUAUUUUCACGUCCUCUUUGCCAUUCCGCCUCUCGGCACAGCCAGGAUGUUGGUACAGAGCUGUACUUUAUAUUUUAUAUAAGCAAAUCACAUUUUAUCUUAUAUAGAGAAAAAAAAAAAACACUUAUUUAUUUUCUGACUUACAGUAUGUGUCCUACCCGACUCCUCUGUAUUUUGUAGACUUUACAAAUAAAGCAAGUUCUUUUUUUUUUUUCCACGGCGA